AAAUAUAUCAAUAAGUGUUCAAAAAGGGCACGUGGUCAUCACGUGGAUGUCUAAUGUCACUGAGAUUUCAUAUCUACUUAAUUACUUAUAUGACAAUAUAUAUAUUUAAAAUAAUUAGUUAUGACGCACAAGGCAACGUGUACUGUAAAUAAUAAUUUAAGGGACGAGUACAUUUUGACGUAUGAACUUAAGUACAUCCAUAUAAUAACAAAAAAAAGAGGGGAAUAAGGAAAUGCGGAGAGAGGGUACGAUCACAGCCGAUAUAUAUGACGUUCAUUUUCUCUCUUCUAUUCAGUUAAAAAGUUAAAGCCAAAGCGCGCAGAUGCGUCGCGAUAAAUUAUUAUUUUAUAAAUUAAACCACCGAAAAAAUUAACAAACUAUUAAUUUUAAAAAAAGUUAACAAGUGAAGUGUUUUGUAGGUGAAAAUUUUCGUUAUUUUUUAAAAAUAAACUAAAAAAUAGUUAAUAAUGUCUAGUGGUGUCUGUCAUGCUUCUCUAUCACCUGGAAUGGAGACAUUCAGUCCGGGAUUGUGUAUUAAAGUUGUGGAUCCAUACGAGACCAUUCUUCAGACCCGAUUGUCUCAGCCGACAAAAAGUCCACGGAACCAACAGAGAGUAAAUAAUGAAACGUCAAAUUCAAUGGGCAGUUACUCAGUACUUCGUCAAUGCAAAAAAAAUGACCGUGACAGCAAAUGCAACACGGAUGUUAAUUUAAGUGAUGAUGUGAAAACGAGCUCAUUGUCAUCUUCGUUGCCGAAUGUUAACUACACACCCCUGGGACAGUUCCCACGUCUAACUUUGGACGACAUCAUGCCUGAGAUGGAUAAUUCACUCAAAUUUUUAGCCUUAAAUGCCCUGGAUUUAAAAGCGCCAGCAAGUGAUAUCCUAAAAAAAAACCGAUUGAAAUCGUGGUUCCAACUCUCCGGUCAUCCUGACGGACUCGCACCAGCUGGACCUGGUACUGUUUGGAAACGUCUGACCGGCGGUACUGAAAACACCGAGCGCGCUGUUUAUGAAGAGUUAUCUAAAGAUGAUAAAAUACGUGAUUUGAUACCAAAGUACUACAGAGAAGUUGAUUACAACGGAGACACGUUCAUUGAGCUCCAAGAUCUGCUGUUCGGUUUCACUGAACCCUGUGUCAUUGACAUUAAACUCGGCACCCGGACAUUUUUGGAAUCCGAAGUGUCGAAUACUAAAGCGCGACACGAUUUGUACAAAAAAAUGAUCAGUGUCGAUCCAAAUGCGCCGACUAACAGCGAGCAUGAAAAUAAAGCGGUGACUAAGCUCAGGUACAUGCAAUUCAGAGAACAGGAGAGUUCAACUUGCAGUCAUGGAUUCAGAGUUGAAGCCAUGAAAUUUCCUGGCGCCCCGCCAAUUACGGAUCUUAAGAAAAUAAAACAACACGCAGACGUCGUCGAGACACUGAGAAUUUUUUUUGGAAAACACAGUAUCACAUACGAAAAAUUAUUGGAGCACCUAAAGGAGAUGAGGUCACGAAUUGAAGUCUCUCCCUUUUUUCAAACCCACGAGGUAAUCGGAAGCAGUAUUUUUAUAAUUUACGACGACAAAAAAAUCGGCGCAUGGCUGAUUGACUUCGCCAAGACAUCAAAGGUUCCAGAGGGUAUGCGACUGACCCACAGGGCGCCCUGGCAAGAAGGGAACCGCGAAGAAGGUUUUCUUUAUGGGAUCGAUAAGCUGAUAUCUACCAUUGAGGAAAUUAAAGAGACUCUAUAAGACUAAAUUACAAUUACGUUAUAAAUAUUUAUAUAUAUAUAUAGACUUUGCGGUAGACGUUUUUUUAAAUAUUUAACUUAUUGUCAUUUACGCGGAAAUAUUUAAUAGUUUUAUUUAACUGUCAGUCGCCUUCGCGGAUUCAUUGCUAUAUUAUUUUAAAAUGUAUAUAUAUAUAUUUAUAUAUAUAUGUUUCACACUUAAAGACGCUAUCUGUUUUUUUUGAUUAUGCAUUGAUUACAAAAUAACUUAUGACUUUUAAUGUACAAAGGCUGUUUAGUGUUAAGUAUCUGGAAAAAAAAAAUUUAACAACAGAAUGGACUAUAGACUGUUCUAUUAUUACAUGAAUUUUUUUUUUUUUUAAUAAAAUAAAUAAUUAAAUACUCAUUGAUUUAAUAUCCACUUAGUAUAUUUAUAUAAUUUAUUU